GCGUCGCUGAUGGCCAUCAAAACCCUCAUUCAAACGUCAACUCUCAACUCUCAACUCACUCCUUGCCACAGAAAAGCCAAGUCUCCCAGAUAGACUACUAGACUAGCUAAAGUAUUGGCACUUCUUCAGCUAUCUUGUUGUCAGGCAGUACACAGUGUAGAGACUCGAGAAAGGCUAAGCUCCAACCUCAGCAUCACUGUACUGGUAGUGUCAUCUUUUGAUUUAUUUGAUCUGUCAAGAAUCUUAGUCAGGAAAACCAUAAUGUCAUUCAAUCGACUAUUCGUCCUGGGAGUAUCUCUCUUCCUCUUGGGUAUCAGCCUCGUUUCUGCCAGAAGACAUUCCUCGGCUGCCUUCAUCUCCUCGUCACCCCCUGUCUGUACACGGAAGAACGCCAAGGAUUGUCCCUUGGUAGUAGUAGAACCCGCAAAAACAGCAGCAAGAGGUCCAAGAGGAGUCAAGGGUGUCGUCUCCUUGAAAGCGGCAGCUGCCUCGGGGGCCGGUGCCAAGAAGAAGAAGAAGGCCAAGAAAAAGUCUGCCAAAACAGGCACAGCCGAUCCAGUGGAGAAUGUCAAAAAGGCAGAGCUGGUGGCCAGCAUAGCCGAGAAAACUGAAUUCACCAAGGCAGAAAGUGAAAUGGCCUUGACGGCAGUACUGGAAACUUUUGCAGAGCAAAUGGCAUUGGGCAAGAAGAUCACAUUAAUGGGAUUUGGAACAUUCCAAGCCAAGGAAAGGGCUGCACGCAAAGGAAGAAACCCAAGAACUGGGGAAGAGAUUGACAUCCCAGCUGCAAAGGCUCCUACGUUUUCCGCUAGCAAGGCGCUUAAGAAUCUUGUGAAUGGGAUUGAAGAUUGAUUGGAGUGAAUGACGGAUUCCUCUUGCAGCAAUACAGGUAGUACGGUAACAGUAACGUUGUCAUUAGAACUCGU